UGCUCUCUGAAACUCCGCGAGCUCAAGCGCGCGCCCGAGCAGAUCGCUGCUGAAGCGCGAGGCGACGGGAGGAAAGUUGUGCUGCUCAGACUCUGGAGGAUCACCAUCCAACGAACGAGGAGUGCAUUCACGCACCAUGUUCUGCAAUUCGAACACUGUCGCUUGAGAAAACUUACAACCAUGUUUUGGACUAUUCUGUUGCCAUGUUGUGUGACUUUUGUGUUGGGAAAUAAGACGGACGAACGAAUACCUUUCUUUCACGGGCAUGUGUUUGAAAACUCUCCACCUGGCUCAAAAGUGAACGGACUGAGUAUCCCGGUGAAGCGCAUCGACCCGCAGAGAUGGUGCUCCAAGUCCGGGAUGCACCUGAAACUCCUGGGUGACAGGAGUGAAGAUUUUCACGUCUUCGCCCACCACAAGCGAGGACACAUCUUGCUGAAAACCUCUAACGUUCUCGAUCGAGAGGAGCGCGCUGAAUAUCUCCUCAGCCUUGCGCUCUGCUGUCAGAGCUGCGCUUCAGCCGUGCGCGUCGUGGCCGAAGUUGCUUCAAUUAAAGUGGACGUGCUCGACACGAACGACCACGAGCCCACUUUCCAACAUGCAGACGUCAAAAUAACUUUGGACGACGCCACGGCCCUGAGGUCGGUGGUGUACACGGUGAAAGCGGAGGACAUUGACAGCGGCAAAAACGCCGAGCUCAUAUACUACGCGCUGCCGAGAAACGGCAGUUUCUAUGUGGUGCCCAAAACCGGCGACAUCCUCCUCGUGGACUCGAUUCUCGGUUACGCGCAGCCCAUAAAGUUCAGCGUGUUUGCCCGAGACCACGGCUGGCCAGCUCGGACCAGUCAGAAUAUGGAUAUAGAGAUCAGUCCGCGCCAAUGGCCAGCCCUUCCUCAGCUCGAUAACGGACUCUCGAGAAAGUCCCGCUCCGUGCCAGAGCCGGUGCUUAUCACCGUGUCCGAAGACGCGAGCAUCGGCUCAGUCAUAAUGAAUCUGCACCCGGUGAGGUUUCAGUCCGCCAGUUUUGAGCUGAUUCACCCGGACGCGGAUAACUCUCCCGUCACCGUGAGUCGGGACAGCGGAGAUUUGGUUAUAUCAAGGCGGCUCGACCGAGAGACGCAGCCGCUAGUGGAGAUAACUGUAAAAGUACAAGAUAAGCGAGGUCCAGAUUGGUAUACAGUGAGAGUGGAUCUGACGGUGAUGGAUGUCAAUGACAAUGCCCCAGAAUGGACGAUGGUCCCUUUCCCCUACUUGAGUGUGGUCUCUGCUACUGCUCCACCAAACACACUAGUCUACAAGCUUCAAGCCAGAGAUGGUGAUGAGGGUGUCAAUGGAGAGGUGGAAUACUUCCUGUCUGAUGGAGGAGACGGGAGAUUUGAGGUGGACAGAAAAAACGGUCACGUGCGGACAACAGGCCUCCCCCUGCAGAGAGACAGAGAAUACCUGCUCACAGUAGUGGCUGCUGAUCGACAGGGCAGCCGCAGUCCUCCCGCCGUAGUGUCCAUCAUCGCAGGCCCAAGAGCUCCUCAAUUCACCAAUGUGUCUUAUACAAUUUCCAUACCAGAAAACACACCAGAAGGACAAACCUUUCUGGUCACUCCAGCAGUGUCCUUCCAAAAACAGCCAGUAACUUACAGCCUGCUCAUCAAUCCCAGCAGUCUUUUCAGCAUCCAGCCAGAGACGGGGGAGAUCAGUCUGACCCGUACUAUAGACUAUGAGAGCGACCAGCACCGCUACCUGCUGCUGGUACGGGCCAGUGAGAAUCAGGACAGUCUCAGUAGUGCUGCUGAGGUGCGAGUGAUCAUCACAGAUGAGAAUGACUGUGUUCCAGAAUUCCAGCAGUCCAUUUAUAGCAAAGACGGCGUCCCUGAGACAGUCACGACUGCAACGUCACUUCUCCAGGUAUCAGCCAGCGAUUGUGAUUCGGAGCAGAACGCAGAGAUCACAUACUACACGCUUAGUCCGAAUUUCAUCAUUUCAGCCCAUGGCACCAUAUUCCCGGCAGGCCCUCUGGAUUAUGAGCGGCCCAACCACCUGUAUGAAUUCGUAGUAAUGGCGGUGGACAAGGGCGAGGUGCCCCGCACUGGUACGGCCACCGUGCGUCUUCGUAUGGCCAACGUCAACGAUGAGCCUCCGGAGUUUUCGCAGCCUGUGUAUCGGACCUUUGUCUCUGAAGAUGCAGGGCCCAACACUCUGGUUGCAACAGUGCUAGCCAAGGACCCGGAUGGAGAUGGGAUCACAUACAAAAUUACAGCAGGCAACGAGGAGGGCAACUUUGUCAUCGACAGCCAGAAAGGAUUGAUCCGUCUCCGCUCCAGCCCGUCUCCAAGACUUCAGGGAGUAAAGUACAUCCUGAACAUAACGGCAACAGAUGAUAACGCCUCCGGUGGGCCGCAGUCACUCUCAGCCAUUGCCCAGGUCACUGUAGGAGUUGAUGAUGUGAACAACAACAAACCUGUGUUUGAAAAGUGUGCUGAGUAUAAAGAGAAGGCAUCAGUUCUGGAAAAUAAGCCAGCAGGAACAUUUGUGCUGCAGGUCCAUGCAGAUGAUGCUGAUGAAGGAGCCAAUGGAAAAGUCACAUAUGGUUUUAUGCAUAAAGACAGCACUGUUCCUGCUUUCAGCAUUGAUCCAGAAACAGGUGUUAUUGUAACUGCUAUGACGUUUGAUCGGGAGAGGCAGAGAGAGUAUGCAGUAACAGUGACAGCCACAGACCAAGCGGCGGACCCCCUCAUAGGCAUCUGCCAACUCAACAUCCUCAUCCUCGACGAGAAUGACAACAGUCCCAAAUUUGAGAACUUGCGCUACGAAUACUUCUUACGUGAGGACACCAUGAUCGGGACCAGUUUUCUACGAGUGGCUGCACAUGAUGAUGAUUACAGCACUAACGCGGCCAUCACGUACUCCAUGUCCGAGGAGCAGCCCGAGUAUCUGCGAGUGAAUCCGCUCACUGGCUGGAUCUACGUAAACCAGCCAAUCUCACAGAGGACCUACAUCAGCAGGCAGAUCAUUGCUACAGAUGGAGGGAAUCGGAGCAGUUCAGUCGAGCUGGCAGUUACCAUCACGAACGUGAAGAACCAGCCUCCACAGUGGGAGAAGGACAAAUAUGAGGUCAUCAUACCUGAAAACACUGUCAGAGACACUCCAGUUGUGACUAUCAAGGCCACUUCUCCACUGGGCGACCCGAGGGUGACUUAUAACUUGGAGGAUGGAUUGGUGCCAGAAAGCAACAUGCCUGUUCGAUUCUACCUAACUCCGAAUCGUGAAGAUGGCUCUGCCUCUAUACUUGUCGCAGAGCCCCUGGACUAUGAGACCACCCGCAACUUCAUGCUUAGGGUUCGAGCUCAAAACGUGGCUCCUGUUCCCCUGGCUGCCUUCACUACUGUUCACAUAAACAUCACAGAUGUCAAUGACAACGUUCCAUUCUUCACCUCCUCCAUAUACGAGGCAUCUGUGACUGAAGGGGUGGAAAUUGGGACUCUAGUUCUCCAAGUGUCAGCUAAUGAUCUUGACCUGGGACUGAAUGGGAAGAUCUCAUACUCUCUACUGAAUGACCGUAGUGGAGACUAUCAGUACUUCCGCAUUGAUCCAGAGCUGGGCACCAUCUACACAGAGGCUGUGUUUGAUCGAGAGACCAAGGGAUCCUAUCUUUUGGAAGUGAAGUCAGUUGAUGGCUGGGAAUCAGCCAGACCAGGGAAGCAUGGACAGCCCAACUCAGAUACGGCGUAUGUGCGUAUUUUCAUCAGCGACGUGAAUGAUAACAAGCCGGUGUUUGCACAGUCGGUUUAUGAAGUCGACGUGGAUGAGGAUGCUGACGUAGGCUCCACCAUCCUCACAGUCAGCGCUAAUGAUGAAGAUGAAGGUGCUAAUGCCAAGUUGCGCUACCAAAUUACAUCAGGCAACGUGGGAGGUGUUUUUGACAUGGAGCCCGAGGUAGGAACCAUCUUCAUCGCCCAGCCGCUGGAUUACGAACAGAACAAGCUCUAUAAGUUGCACGUCUUGGCGUCUGAUGGGAAGUGGGAAGAUUACGCUACUGUAAUAGUCACCAUUGUCAAUAAGAACGAUGAGGCACCUGUGUUCUCUGUGAACGAGUACUACGGCAGCGUGACAGAGGAGCUGGACGGUUCUCCUGUCUUUGUGUUGCAGGUAACAGCAUCUGACCCAGAUAAGGAUGCUGACCAGGAGGCUUUGAGAUAUUCCCUUCAUGGUCAAGGUGCUGAGAGCGAGUUCAUCAUUGACGAGGUGACAGGGAAGAUUUAUGCCCAAAGAACAUUAGACCGUGAGGCCCGGGCAGUGUGGCGAUUUGUGGUCCUGGCAACGGAUGAGGGCGGCGAGGGAUUAACAGGAUUCACCGACGUCAUUAUCAACGUGUGGGACAUAAACGACAACGCUCCUAUUUUCGCUUGUGCCCCGGACAGUUGCCAUGGUGACGUAGCCGAGAACUCCCCGUCUGGCACUUCCGUUAUGGAGAUGACAGCUACUGAUCUGGAUGAUGCAGCUGUCGGACAAAACGCAGUGUUGGCCUAUAGGAUUGUGGGCAAUGCUGCCCUAAAUGGAGCUAACAGCGGAGCUGAUGUGUUCAGCAUCAAUCCCGCCACUGGGACGGUUUCAGUGGCAAUGUCUGGCUUGGACAGAGAGCAGACCGACUCGUACGUCUUGGUGGUUGAAGCACGAGAUGGCGGAGGUAUGAUAGGAACGGCCACCGCCACUAUACACGUGACUGACGUCAACGACCACGUCCCACGUUUCCUGGACCGCUCGUGCUCCAUACGCAUCCCUGAGAGCAGUGAGCCCAACACACCAGUCAUAGAGCUUUCUGCAGAGGAUGCGGACGCUGGAGAGAAUGGCCAGCUGACCUUCAGUGUUGUGGCUGGUGAUCCCGAACAGAAGUUUUACAUGGUAAGCCACCGGCAGGAGCAGCGCGGGACCCUUCGUCUCAAGAAGCAUCUGGAUUACGAAAGACCGGGCGAGCAGCGCUUCAACCUCACCAUCAAAGUGGAGGAUAUGCAGUACUCCAGCCUGCUUCACUGCACACUAGAAGUCGAAGACUGCAACGACCACGUGCCAGUCUUCAUCCCUCACUUUCUACAGCUUCCCGCCGUACGAGAGGAUGUCGUUCCAGGAACUAGCGUGGCGAGUGUGGCUGCCAGCGAUUUGGACUCGGGUUUGAAUCGUGAGAUCACUUACAGCAUUGCUCCAGAGUCGGAUCCAUACCAUCUGUUUUCUGUGGACCAGUCGGGGUUGGUCACUGUGGCUAGCGAGUUGGAUCGGGAAAAGGUCGCACAGCAUCACUUGGUUAUACUUGCGACGGACCACGGCACGCCGCCGUUGACUGGCACCGCUACUAUCCAGAUGGCUUUGCUGGAUGUCAACGACAACGGCCCUGAGUUUGAGGCUGCGUAUGCACCAAUAGUGUGGGAGAACGUUUUGGGCCCACAGGUUGUGCGGCUUAACCAGAGCUCCACGUUAUUGAGAGCCGUGGACCGGGAUUCAGAGGAGAAUGGCUCACCUUUUUCCUUCUCUGUGCCUCUGGAGUAUCGUUACAGCAAUGAUUUCCACCUGCAGGAUAAUGGGAAUGACACGGCCACCAUCACCGCACUGAGAGCCUUCGACAGAGAGAGACAGAAAGAGUUUCUACUACCUGUCAUCAUGACCGAUAGCGGCAGUCCACCGAAGACCGUCACGAACACGCUCACUAUCACCAUUGGCGAUGAGAAUGACCACGCCCACGUAGCGGGACAGAAGAAGGUGUUCAUCAACUGUCACAGAGGGAGAAUGCCAACCAAUGUGCUGGGGAAGGUUUAUUCACCAGAUCCAGAUGACUGGGAUAACAAGACGUAUGCCUUCGAGGGACAUGUUCCUAAUUAUUUUAUCCUGAACAAGCGGACAGGGUUCCUCAUCAUAAAGGAAAACGCCCCUCCUGGGAGUUACGACUUUCAGGUGCGUGUGUCAGAUGGGGUGUGGCCGGAUGCCGUCUCAAGCGUGAAGGUGAAUGUGAGAGAGCUACGGGACGACGCCAUCUACAACUCAGCCUCUCUGAGAUUAGCAGACAUCUCCGCCACAGAGUUCAUGGAACGUCGUGGCAAUCUGAAGAGCAGGUACGAGCUGCUGGGCGACUUCUUGUCAGACAUGCUGUCUGUGGGGGCAGACGACGUCAACAUUUUCAGUCUGGUGGAAGUGCGGCGUAGGACUCUGGAUGUGAGGUUCUCCAUUCACAGCACACCGUUCCUCAGGGCAGAGAGAGUCCAUGGAUACCUUGCCGCUCAUAAACAAAAACUCCAGUCUUUUCUUCAAGUCAACGUGACCCAGGUUCAUGUAGAUGAGUGUGUGGAUGCAGACUGUCGGGGAGGAGGGGGCUGCACCAGCCAUCUGAGCGUGACUGACAAGCCGGCGGUGGUCGACUCGGGCAGCAUGGCUCUGGUGUCAGUGACUGUGGAAGCCACAGCUGUCUGCAGCUGCUCGGCACGUGAACACCUCCACCAGAGCUGCUCCGUCUAUCCCAGAAACCCCUGCCACAACGGAGGAGUCUGUGUGGACACGCAGAGCGGAUACAGAUGCCAGUGCCCGGCUCAGUUUGAGGGACCCGAGUGCCAGCAGACAAAACACAGUUUCCAUGGCAACGGCUAUGCUUGGUUUCCCCCUAUAAGGCCAUGCUUCGAGAGCCACCUCUCACUGGAGUUCAUCACAGAGGUGGCAGAUGGCUUGCUGCUCUACAGCGGACCCCUCUCCCAGCUUCAGCCGUGGGAGCCAGAGGACUUCAUGGCCAUAGAACUGAUCGACGGCACCCCCACCCUGAAAAUUAACCACGGCUCGGGUACAUUGGUCCUGCAGUUGCCGGGCAACGUGAACGUGGCGGACAGACGGUGGCACAGACUGGACGUGAGGAGCAACAGCAAAGAGGUUCGUUUUACACUUGACCGCUGCGCAGGAGCCACUAUCAUGGAGAUGGAGGGAGUGGGCAGCUGGCUAACUACUGAAGACCACACUUCCUGUGAAGUCACUGGCAUCACACCGAAUAUGGACAAGCAUCUGAACGUGACACAAGUGCUUCAGCUCGGAGGAGUGAACGAGAACCUGCCUUACAUCUACCCACAACUACAACACAAGCACUUUACUGGUUGUAUCCGAAACCUCAUUGUGGACAGCAAGUUUUAUGACCUCGGUUCACCAGCUGACUCCUCUGGCAGUGCUCCGGGAUGUCUGAUGACGGACAAUAGCUGUGUGAACAUGGGCUUUCCUUCCUGCGGGACCCGGGGGCGCUGCCACGGAGAGUGGGGUUCCUUCAGCUGUCAGUGCAUACCUGGGUACAGCGGGCAUCAGUGUGAAAAGGAGGUCCCGGAGUAUUCUUUUGAUGGAAGGAGUCACAUACACUUUCAGCUGGCCUUCACGCUCCCGGCCAGACACACGCAGGUUCAGGUGCUGGUCCGGACGCGCAAACAUAGCAGCUCUAUCCUCAGCCUGCUGUCCAAAGAACAGAAUGAAUAUCUCAAACUGGAGAUCUAUCAGGGUCUGUUAAGUGUCUUCUACAACCUCGGUGAUGGGGACUUCAACUUGACAAUGCCCUCUUAUCGUUUAGACAACGGAGAGUGGCAUGAAGUUCACUUAGAUCGGCAUGACAACGAGUUGACCCUGCGCCUGGACGGCGGGGGAGGACGGCGAGAGGUCACGAGCUCACCUGGUCGUAGUCGGGAGAUUGUUAUUGAUCCUGCUGUGGUGAUGCUGGGCAACUCAUUCCCCUCAGGACACAACAAGAGCUUCCAAGGCUGUAUGCGGGACCUGAGACUCAAUGGACGGUUUAUCCCUCUGGACGGUCAGGCCAGAGACGGGGUGUCGGUGGUCAGUUCUCAGGGUGUGUCUCUAGGUUGUUCCUCUGACUCCUGCCGAAAAAACCAAUGUAGUCCCCCAUUCACCUGCGUGGACCUGUGGAGAAUUCACGAAUGCAGGUGUCCCCCAGGUCACAUGGUCAAGGCGAAUUCCACUGGCAAAUUCUGCGUAUACACACUCUGUGCCAGUCGCCCUUGUCACAGGGGCACUUGUGUUGCACAAUCUCCUUCCAAAUUCACAUGCCACUGUCCAGAGGGCUACCGUGGCCGGCACUGUGAGGUCACACUGGCCAUCUACAGAGAUGACGUGGGUCUCAGUUUCAGCUCCCUCUUCGCCAUAUGCAUCUGCUUUAUGGCUCUACUAGUGCUGCUGUUGGGGAUUUUCCUGUACACACGCUGGCGGAGCUAUAAGGGGCUGAAGGAGGGUGUAUAUCAUGUGUCUGCGCACCAUGACGGAUGGGAGGACAUCCGAGAGAAUGUGCUCAACUACGACGAGGAGGGCGGUGGGGAGGAGGAUCAGAACGCCUAUGACAUGGCAGAGCUCCAGAAGUCGCUCCAGCCCAGUCCGGCCCAGUCGGUGCAGUACAGCCGGUCGCGAGCCAUCCACCACCACCCUCCCUCCCAGCAGCAACAGCAACACUUUUGCCAGCCUGACCCCCCCUCCAGAGCAGGCACGGCCACCACCACCACCUCCUCCAUCUCCUCGGGAACAGCCACCAUUCGCAGGGACGUACCCCCCUGCCGCUCUCCGGCUCAAGGCCAGACUGCAAAUCCCAGCCGAGCGGCCCAGCUGGCCCGCAAGAGCUUGUCAUUCUCCAGCCAAGACUUGGCCCGCUACCUGUGUGAAAUUAUCCGUGACGCCGACCAGCACCCGGAGACGGCGCCCUUCGACUCUCUGCAGGUCUUCUCCACCGAGGGGGGCGGCUCGCUGGCCGGGUCACUGAGUUCCUUCAGCUCCGCUGGGCUGGAAGAGGGAACGGCGGCGGGUCACGAGUGCUUAAAAGAGUGGGGGCCACGCUUCGAGAAGCUGAAAGCCCUCUACGAGCGGGCCGAGGGCAGCGACCUCUAAGGAACUGCCGGGAAGAAUUCCUGCAGUGCGAGGAGAGGAGGGAGACCACUAAGGACUUGUCUAAAAACCAGAGGGAUUUUUCUUAUGCCGAAAAUUCCUAUGCUUUGGCUUUCUCUGGAUGUACUACUUCAUGCGAGACACUCCCUCCGCAUACGGAGGCGGGUUACAUUUGGGACUCUCAAUGAGCAGCAAAUGGGAAGUGCUAAUCCAGAACACAGCAAGUUGUGGUCACGGCAAUUUUUUCAAACCCAGAACGGGCAUCUUUAUUCAAAUGACUUGCGGAUGACAAUGAUUUUAGUGGAACCAUUUGUUGUCUUUGUGACCGGCACUGACGGAGCGUUUUGGACGUAUUCUAUAUGUCUGUAUGGUCUAUAUGUUCUUAAAUAAAAGAAAGACGGAGAGAAAAAUAAACUGCCAGACUCGGAUGCGACUAGGAAAGGGUUUAUCCUCUUCCUUCACUGGCCGCUUUCUGAAAUCAGUUCGCCGCUUGUUCUGUCAGGGUGGCCACUUGUGUUCAUCAAUCAUAACUUCAUAUUCGGAUACUGUUAUUUUUUUUCUAUUUGCUCAGUCCUCCGCUUAGAUUCUAUUCACCCGGAUGCGAGGACGAAAGAGGCAGUCUGCGGGAAAAAAAGACCAAUAAAAACUGAAGAUGUGUGAAAAACAUUGAGGAAAAUGAAACAGAAAGCAGCCUUAUUGUUUGGCAUUUUAGGAGACAUUCCUUGGGAAUACAAAUCGUGUCCUCUCUUUCUAGCCAAAAAGGAGCGAAGGAACGGCUGGAAUACAAAUGUGGCUGAGGGACAAGGCUGAGUGGCUGGCAUGAGAUGGAAGUUUUCUGUAGCUGAAAACUAUCGAAAAACUCUUGGCUCUCACGCUUUACUGAGCGGUAGCAAUCUGAGUCUGCCAAACUAAAGGAUAGCCAUUAAGACAAAUGAGCGAAUGUGUGUGUUGUUUCAUGCCAUCGACUCAAACGUGAUACUGAGCUCUGCUGGAGGAGCUUUCAAAGCACUGGAAUGAGCUUACCGUCCAGUUUGCUUCCUCCCGAAAGUAUCGUAUUAUUAACCAAACCAGCUUACCCGACCGAAGCGUCAUUCCCUGUUCUACUAUAAAUAACUCCUUGUAUCCCAUCACAUUAUUCGGCACCGCAGUGAAAGUAAUGGGCCUUGGCGCCAGGUGCAUUCGGGGAGUGGCAGGCCAGCGGUUUCAGACCCCGAGCACCUCCCAUGUAACAUGUUUAAUGGGCUUGUGAACGCAUGUGGCGAGGCUGCAUGGGGUGAAGGAAAAGCAAGGCAAGCUCGUGUGUGCAAAUGGAAUAACUAAACGUCCCCCCCGUGAGGCCUCAAAUGCCAACCUUGUAUUUUAUGCAUUUUAAGGCAAUGUUUUUUGCCCUCCUUUUAUCAUUUCAGUUAUUUAUUUAUUUAUAUUUUUUUCUGGAGAAUGCCGUAUGUGGAGCAUGACAGGCUGGCUGAGGAGAGUGCAGCGAGUAGGAGUGUGUUAAAAGACAUCAGAGUGCUAAUCCUAAUGUGAACUGAUCGCUCACUGUCAUGCUGUGAACCAAAGGAUCAUGGGAGUUGGAAAACUCGAUGGAGAAGUCGUCACUCUUAUUACGGAUCUCAAAAGUGCCAAUAUUUCCAAAGGCAGCAACAAGAGUAUAAAAAAGGUUUUCAAGCUGAAGCUAAGAAAUCUAGCUGGAAGUGCAAUGCUUGCUAUUUCAUAGAGUUAAAAAAGAGGCCAAUGGGAUUGGCGCAUAGAGUCAUCUUUGUAAGGGGACUGGGGAGAGUAUUCAUGAAUGAAGCUUGAUGGGCUCUGUCUUUAAAUCGCAGAAUUCCUUAUCUUACGAAACCAAUUCCUCUUCAAUUUUGAACCAAGGCCACCUGUUUAUUUGUGUGGUGAAUAUAUACAGUACUCUAUUUUGUGAAACAAUGUUUUUACCUCAUUUGUGCAUAUCAAAAGAGAAGUAAUUGCUUUUUAAAAAUAUAUAAAGGGAUCGAAUUCUGUUUAAAGCUUGUUUUUUUCAUGUAUUAUUUAAUCUUUCUUUAAGUUGGUAAAAGUAUCUUGACAUUUUGUAUUUGCAUCCUUUAAAUUGCUUUUUUCUUUCUCAAUAAAUGGAGUUCUUCUGU